AGCGGCGAACGGACGCGUCAACGACUUUUCAAAGAAACGUAUAUUGACAAACUUUAUCGUACAUAUUUUGAUAACGGAACGCGAAUAUUCAAACACGUGUGGAACGCACAAAUGUGGCAACGUUCGUGAUUGGUUUUUAUAAGUUAUCUUGUUUGUUUUGGUUGGUUUAUUGUUUUAAUUAGAGUGUGGUGCAACCUUGUGUUGAUUGACGUGAGUGAUGUAAGCCGCUGGAGGUGUUGGGUUGUUCCCGAGGAUGCUGUGGUGCUGAGAUACGAUGCAUACGUCUAUGAUGAUGGCAGUCAACUCACCUCCGGUACCGCACCGAGACAUCUCGGGGGCUUCUUCGGCGGCUUACCGACCCUAUAACGGCGACCAUGGAGCCCUACAGCACCAAGUCACCAGAGCUCCGCAGCCGGCCGACCCAGAACGGAAGAAAGACAAGAAGUGGUCCAUCGGGAAGCUCUUCAGGCGAAAAAAGAAGGACGACGAAAGCGGAUCUUCAUCAGAAAGCGAAGAGGGCGGCAGUUUGCGCUCCACGUCUAAGAAGAAAUCUAAUAAAAAGAAGAAAAGGACACCUGCAGUCAACAACUUCGAUCAUAUAGUCAUAAGAGAAACUAGGCGGGCGCAGAGCUUAGCUAAACCUAAUGGUCGUGAUUUCACUGACGAUGGAGUGCUUUCCGACCCAUCUGCUGGCUUCAUAAACUACAGGCCCAAAACCAGAGAAGUUCAAGCGUCAAAGGAGUCACUGAGCUUAAGGGAUGACGUUUCCACCAGGUCGGGAAGAGUCGGUCCAGAACCAACGAUGAGAAAGACGAGGAAAGGCCGUCUAAAAGCCCGAGUUGAAGCAUUGCGGAACAGCAUGAGAGGGGAAUCGAGCAGCGACGAAGAAUCCUUGAAGUCUUCGAAUUCAUCUUCAAUGGUCCGAUUCAGGAGCGACGACUCAUUGAUGCGUUCUCGUGACAGUUCGCUGAAUAAGAGGUCAAGAACCGCUCGAAACGAACGCUACAUCAAAAGACUCUCGAGAGACGAAGAGAACCAGCUCAACAAGGAAGCCGAACUGCUGCAGCAGGGAUACACGAAAGCGGAAGUGGAAAUGCUUACACGAACCCCCACAAGCCAGAGCAGUGGUUACGGCACCUGCAAACGGGAACAAAAUAAACAAAAACCUGAACUUGGCAACGAUUUAACUCGACGACCAAUCAAAUCCGAGUCAAUAUCUUCAUUUCCAUCAACUCAAAGUUACCCUUCAUCAAUCAAUUUUAAUGCCAAAAUUAACAACGAACAUAUUAACUAUUCCAUACCGUUUCAAGGUAACUUUGUCAAAGAACCGAUUUACGCUAACAAUAACAGGGAAAAAUCUGUGCCACGCCCUGAUGAAAACGGAGAUAAAGUCAUGUGCGUUAAGUUUCCUCUAGGAAAUGUUACAAAUAUUAAAAGGGAGGAACGAGCCCCACCAGUGCCACCCCCUCGAGAUAUGCAUAGAAAACUCGCAACCCCUAUAUCGAUGUACUAUGAAAACCAUUCAGUAGUAUCCGAUAGGAUGGGCAGCAAUCAAAACAUUACGCACGGCGUACCUAACAACGACUUCGAACGAGUAAUGAGACGGAGUCAAGAGAGGACGAUUAAUCAUGGGCCUAAUGGACUACGUCGACCGAUAUCGAACUCAGAAGAUCAUCUUGCUAUACAAAACAACGAAUACUUGCAACAUCUGUAUCAGAAAACUGAGCAGCCUAGAAGGCCAGCAUCAGUUUCCGCUGAACCUAAUCACUAUGGAAUUUAUGCCUUUACACCACCAUGGAGAAAUAAAACCGAACAACCCAAUGUAGUAAAACCCGAACCAGUCCAAUCCAGGAAUGAUUUCCUCUACUAUGCUGACCAUAGUCCCAGAUCUCGUAGACCUAUAAGCAUAAAAACUAGUCAAAACGGCUACGAAAAUCAAUACCUUAGCGAUUCACAAACAUCAGUCAAUGUCGCUGAGAGUGUUUAUCGUAGACCAAGAAACGCUUCUGAAUUUUGGAAGAAAUUAGACGAUGCCGAAAGGCAGAAAAAACAACAGAACAUCUAUGCCAACUCUAGAAGCAACAGUGAGCAUGUCAGGAAUACACCUAGAAUGCACCAUUAUUCAGAGGGAAGUAAUAGUAUACCGAGUCAUACUGAGAAUAUUGACAUGCAAAAUAAGAAUAGGGCAACAAGUGUUGAUCAGUCACGGGAUGUUAUAGAUGGUGCCAAAAUGUGGAAAGCAACGACCGAGUAUAAGAGGUCGGUCACCGUUGAACCGCCUAAAGCGGUCACUUCCCCGACCUCUAAAACACACGUCCGUCAUAAAUCGGACACCUUUGUGACUAACAGCUAUCAAAUACCUUCAGACGACGACAAGAGCUCAGAACGUCGCAAAUCAACGAACCUUGAUGACGCUCUCAACGAACUUGAGGCAAUUUACAAUAGCUUAGGAUUAGGAGACGAAGACCUGUUAGACAGGGCUGAAAGACGAGAGUCAAUGACUCCAAAAUACAAUGAUCACUUCAAUGACUGGAAUGGAAACGAUGACGAGGUCCAGUUGAGAAGUCAACCAUCAACGCCGCUUCGGCGGAUAUUAAGGAGAUCAACACUGCCCGAUAAAUUGCAAGACGAUAUGGCAUUCCGUAGAAUGAAUUCGUUCUCAAAAGAAAAACCAAAUUUGAAGGAAGCACAAGCACAGAUUAGUUACAUGCUUGCUUCGCCGGUGUACGUACCUUAUGCUUCAGAUGACGAAAGAUAUUCGGGGCGGGACGAACCAGAUAUUGUCCAUGACGACGUUGUUUAUAGAAAUAUAAAACAAACUAACAACCGUUUGAAAACUCAUGAACCCCAACCACCAUUUGGAAUUCCUCUAGGGCCAGUAUCUCCUGCUCCUCAAAGUGACUAUCUACAUGCGACACCUGAAAGUAAGGGACGCUCGCGAUUUAUUCCUAGGAGAUCACCGGACCUUGUGUCAGAUGAUUUAGCAUACAGAAGUUUAAGGAAAGAUGCUAGACAUUCAUCGUUGUUUAACGGAGAGGAUUAUGGUCACAUAAAUAACAAUCACAGUUACAACGAGUAUCCUUACACUAAAGAAUCUGCAGCUAAUCUUAAAAAGAAACGAGCAGUUAGGUCUCUUUCAGCUAACAUUUUUACUAUGAUUCAAAAAGAAAUCGACGACGCGCUUAAUAUGAGCAAAGUGGCAACGUUGCAAAAAACUCAUAGCAAUAGUGAUGUCAUGAGGCGCUUACGGGACACUUUCGAGAACAACGACAACGAGCCAGAGCACUAUCCACGAAAUAAGGUAAAGCAAAGGCAUAAUACUGUUGGUCUCUUCGUCAAUAACUCGCACUCGCCAAAUCAUCAUUUCGCAAAAGACGACUCAUACAUUCAUAGUGACGAUAAAUAUCUCCCCAAACCUGCAUCUUGUGAUAAGUCCAAAAGUUCAUCUCCAUCAAAUCGAUCACCACAAGCUUCUAAGCGGUCUUCAAAAGACGAAUUUCAGCAGGUCCUCACUAUGCUCGCGCAGGAAGCAAUGGACACUAGUAAUAAGUUAGGCGUAGCUUUAGCUGAACUAGAUAAAAAUAGAAAUAAUAACUCGGAGAAAAGGCCAGAUAUAAAUACCAGGAUAUCAGACAGUAGGUCACAUUUCUUGAAUGGCCUAACCAGUGAUUCUUAUGAUAAUUCUCAACCAGAAAUAAAAUUAGUCAACGUACACUCUGAGGUUGUGAGUGAACCCACUAACAGGCUUGUGAAGUCUGAUACUGAACAAACUAAAGGUCAGAAAACUGAAGACAGCCUUCUUGCGAUAUCAGAUCAGUUAUACAGAGUAGAAGAUCAACUUAAGCAUAGCCAUGAGAAAGAGUUGAAUUUUGAAGACGAAAGUUUAAGGCUUUCAAGUUAUAUCGAUAAAGCUGAAGAGCCAUUAAAGGCCCAAGAAACCACAGUAAUGACUCCAGAGAAAAAACUGGUACCAGAUGUUUUUCCAUUAACAGUGCAGAAUGACUCUAUUAAAGUUGAAUUAAAGAAUCAGAACGAUUUUGGCUAUAACAAUGAAAGAAAAUUAUCUCCACCUAAAAUAAAAUCGACCAAUCCCUUCUUGAACUCAGAUGAAAAAUUACAAGAAAUAAAUGAAAUAAAUGCCUUCAAGGAAUUGAAAGACGGCAUUUCGGAUUUAAUUGCUGGAAUAUCGCAAGUUAAUGACAAGUUAUUUGUUCCUAAAUUACCAAAAGAUGACGAUAGCAAUAAACCUAAAGUAACGGGUAUAACUGAGGCUAGUAGGCAAUUGAGCCAAGUGACUCGAGAAGUGCCAAAACCAGUACCUAAUAGAGCAUCUGUUAAUUUAUCAAUUUACGAAGACGAUUUAGAAGUAAAGAAAGAUGCCGCCGAUUCUGCUGAAUAUAAUUCAUCCGAAGAGUUGGCGACAAUAUUCAAUUUAGAUGGCAAUCUAAAACUGCACAGUGUUGAUCAAAAGGAACCUGAGAAAGUGAGAGAUGAGCUAAGCUCACCAAAACUAGUUCAGACUAUGAAUCAGCAACUAGGGCGGUUGUCCGUAGAUCGGAUGGACGAGCCAGCGAGCCAAGACCUGCCAACUAACGUAGUACCGUGGCGAGCAAAGAGGCAAAACAAUUCACAAAGCGAAUCACGAGGCGACGCGCAGAAGCGCGAUUGGCACGAUGGCACGUUGAUGUUAGCUUGUACCUACACGCUGAUGAUAACCCAGCACCUGGCCGAGCUGGACUGGUUGACACUGCUGGGCUUGCUGCUCGCCGUCGUCACUAUCAUCGCUAUGCUAAUUAUUUAGUUUUGGGGGAUAUUGUAAACGUGAUUUUCAUGAUGAUAGACA